AUGGACGGUCUCAAGAAUAUUGCCUGGGUUGGAACCGGCCCAAUGGGUCUUCCAAUGCUAGAAAGAACCACCGCGACAGGAAAAUUCAACAUCAAACUACUCGUCCGCAACCAAAUCUCCUCUUACGCCAAUAUCCCAAAGGGCGUCCAGUCUAUCCACCAAGUCAACUACUACGACCACGAGUCACUGGUUGAGCACCUUCAAGGCCAAGAUAUAGUGAUUGUAUUCACCAGCUUCGUGCCGGGAAACGAGCUCGACAGGAAGCAAAUCGCACUUGUGAAUGCAGCAAUUGAUGCAGGUGUCAAGUAUUUCAUUCCAUCUGAAUGGGCGCCGGACACUGCUGGCAGAAUGGGCAGUGUUCAAGAUGGACAUGGACCAACACUACCCACUGAUAUGGUAUUGGCGCCAAAGCGAGUCACUCACAAUUACCUAUUAUGCCGUGCCGCGGAAAAGAAAUUGAAUUUCUGCGUCAUCUACCCGGGCGUUUUAUUUGAGCUCGGUUUCGCUAAUGGCAUUUUCGGUUUCGAUUUCACCAACAACACAGCCUGCCUUCCUGACAAUGGGAUCAAUCCAUUCUCAACCACUACCCUGGACACACUCUCCAAGGUCGUGAUCUCGCUUUUCGAAAACCCAUCGCUCAUCUCGAACAAAUUCUACCAUGUCGCCGAUGGUGUGCUCACCCAGCAAGAUGUUUUCCUCGUCGUUGAGAAGGAGACCGGAGUUUCUUGGGCGAGGACUUCGUACUCGACCAGCGAAGUCCGUAAAGCGGCGUUGGCGAAUAUGGAAGAGGGUGUUUAUGGACCGACUGAGUACAUGCAUAGUUUGAUGACGCCUUUCUUUGGAGGUCUUCAGGUUUCGAGACACCUUGAUAAUCGAGAGUUGAAGGUGCGUGAUGGAGAAGUUGAUAUCAGAGAGGAGGUGGUGAGAUUGGUACGCAAGCAGCUUGCAGACAAGAAGGAGUAA